UCCCCUCGCCACCAUUCCUUCCUCGCCGAUCAAAUCCUCUCCUCUCCUCUCCUCUCCUCCGAAUCCGUCCUCACAGGCUCACAGCAACCGCGAGCGGGUUUCUCAGCGGCGACCACCAGAGGGGAUCUUUUUUUGGGGUGGUUGCAGCUCGUGUCGUUGACGAUGGCGCAGCGCGACAAGAAGGAGGAGCCCACGGAGCUCCGGGCGCCGGAGAUCACGCUCUGCGCCAACAGCUGCGGCUUCCCGGGCAACCCGGCCACGCAGAACCUCUGCCAGAACUGCUUCUUGGCGGCCUCGGCGUCGACGUCGUCCCCGGCUUCUUUGCCUGGGCUGUCUCCGGUGCUCGACAAGGCGGCGAGGCCGGCGACGUCGCUGGUAGAGGCUCAGGCGGCUCCUGCUGCUGCCCCGGUGGAGGAGCUGGCCUCCCCCGCGCCGGCGUUGGAGGUCAAGGCGCCCGCCAAGACGUCCGCGGUGAACCGGUGCUCCAGGUGCCGGAAGCGGGUCGGGCUGACCGGGUUCCGGUGCCGGUGCGGCUACCUGUUCUGCGGCGAGCACCGGUACUCCGACCGGCACGGCUGCGGCUACGACUACAAGGCCGCGGCGAGGGACGCCAUCGCCAGGGACAACCCGGUGGUGCGCGCGGCCAAGAUCGUUAGGUUCUGAGAGCCAAAGAAUUUUACUAUUUUAGCCAAAAAACGAAUGAAAAAAAAAUUGGGAAUCGAAGGUCUGGAUGCUACUAUGCUGUUCUCUUCGCGCAAUUGCUUUCCCCUUUUUAUUUUUUUUUAAUUCUAAACGGGAGGAAAAGGAAUAGUGUAACAAUAAUGGUGAUGUGAGGUGGUUGAGGAGAAAAGAAUUGAACAACAAAUGGAUUGGGUGUGUACUUGUCUCGCACUUUCUGCGCCAAUUUCAC